GCUCCUAUAAAUGCAGCCAGAGUGCAGCAAGAGACCAGAUCCGCUGCACUGCCGAGAGUAAAAUCAACGCUGUAGGAUGCAGAGCCCUCCCAAGCCCCAGUUUGCCAGCUGGCUCAUAGAGCAAGUGGAAACGGGCCAAUAUCCUGGCCUGUGCUUUGUGGGUCCAAACAAGUUCAGAGUGCCGUGGAAGCACAAUUCCAGAAAGGACUGCAACGAUGAGGACAGCAAAAUAUUCCGGGCCUGGGCAGUAGCGAGUGGAAAAAUUAACGAGUUUCCCACUGACAAGGCCAGGUGGAAAACCAACUUCCGCUGUGCCCUGAACAACCUUUCUGUGCGCUUCAAGAUGGUGCAAGAUAAUUCCAAGAAUUCGGACGACCCUCAUAAAAUCUAUGAGAUCAUCAACACUGAGUAUAACUAUGAAGGUCUGCCAACACAGAACUCUCAGGAGGAUUCUGACAUGAUUCCAGAUAUCUUCGCUCCGGCAGAGUACUUCCCCUCAGGAAACGAGUCCAAUCUUCUGAACAACUUCAGGGCCUUGGAUCUCGACAGCCGUCCAGCAGAUGAGCAGACGUGGGCAGAGAACUAUGCCCCGCGCAACCCAGUCGUCCUUGAAAACUACCCCGCUGCAGCUGAGAACCUCCCACAGCUUUUACCCGAACAGUCGCCCUACUGCAUGGCAAACCCUGCCCCGGACAUCAGCUCACUCCCGCAGCCGAGUAUUUACGACCUGGAGAUCUCCAUCCACUACAGGAAAAGAGAAAUGCUAAAGAUGACGCUGAGCACUGCCAGGCUCCAGCUCCACUACUCCCAUGAGGCCCCGGAGCUCAACGCCCAUCAGAUCUGUUUCCCCUCCACCGACGGUCUGCUGGACCACAAACAGAUCGAGUACACCAACCGCAUACUGAACAGCAUCCAGAGAGGUCUGCUCCUGGAGGUGCGAGACACUGGUAUCUACGCCUGGAGGCAGGACCGGUGCCAUGUGUUCGCCAGCACCAGCGACCCCAGCAAGGCCGAGGCAAACCCCACAAAGCUGCCCCAAAACACCACGAUAGAGCUCCUGAGCUUUGAGAAGUAUGUGAAUGAGCUUCGAGAGUUUAAAGAGAACAACGGCGGCUCUCCCAACUACACCAUCAACAUGUGCUUCGGAGAGAAGUUCCCUGAUGGAAAACCUCUGGAGAAGAAGCUUAUUGCAGUGAAGGUGGUUCCUUUAAUCUGCAGACAUUUCCACGAGUUGGCCCAGAUGGAGGGAGCUUCAUCUCUUCACAGCGCUAACGUCAGCCUGCAGAUCUCACACAACAGCUUCUUAGAUCUCAUCAACUCUUUAUUUGCUCUGCCCACAACCGUGGAGCCGCUGCAGGCAGUGGAACCCUCCUUCCUUGAUCACAUUUGAUCCCCCACCUGCCACUCAGGGGGACUAUUGAACUACCUACAGGGUGAUGUUCCUGCUCUAUUCCAAAACUGCCACACAAACAAUAUUAGACAAUAGAGUGAUCAGCUGAAUGUAUUACUGUAGAUAAAGCAGGACUGUAUAGACUUAUGUAUAUAACAUCACCCUCCUGUUUCUCUCCUUUUCACAUUAGUCAUAAAACUGACACUUCUAUCACUACAUGGCUGCAAACGGGCUUCUGUGCUAUCAAACUGUUACACGACUUAAAGUCAAACAUUGCUUCAGAACAAAUCAUAUACAAUUAUUGUGAAUGUCAAAUUAUUUUCUAAUAUAACGUAUGGUUCAGUUAUUAUUGUUAUUAACCAAAUGACGUGUAACAUGAUGACAAAUCCGUUCUGUUCAUUUCUGGCUUAUUGAUCAGAUAUUUGUAUAUUUAUGAAGUUGUUGUUUUUUUACGUGUCAUACGGCUACAUGUGUGUGGUAAAUAUUCUUUUACACUUUUUCUACUCUGCUGGUCAUCUUGCACUUUUAAUACUGAAUAAAUAUAACUUGCAUUAUUUCGA